CUAUUCAGUGGGAUCGCAGUGAAAACGUACAUAAAUAGUAAUUCGUAAACAUUGCGGUUUUUUUUGGAUUUUCUCAAGGAAAAUUGAUAUUAAAUAGGGAAAUUGUGUAAAAAAAUGACCGAAGGCAACACAGAGCUAAUUCAGCAGAAUGCCUUUGAAUCAAUGGCUGAGCAUGAAGCUGAGAUGCAGAGGCAGAUUCUGAGUGUGCCCCCAUCGAUGGCAGUUCCUCCACCGGGGAUUCCACCGCCCAGUGUGACAAUGGGACAGCUUCCGCCGCCGGGAACGAUGACGGUGCCUCCACCGCCAGUUCCGGGAAAUGGUCCUCCUGGUGGAUGGAAUCAGGGGGAUUCGGGGAAUGAGAGUGAUGAUAAGAUUCCGUCAUUGAUGUCACUGGUAUUGGAUAAGCCGGAUGAAGUGAAGGGGAAGAAGCCGGCUGAGGUGGUUCUGCCGAAGGCAUUGGAGGAAGUGCUUGCCCUUAAGGAUCAGCGGGCAUUGGAAUUGGGUGGACAGGCUGAGGAUAUUAUGAAAGCUACGCAGCCUCCACUGUCGACAGGGGUUAUUAGUACGGAUUAUGCCGAUGCUGAUGUGGAUUCUGACGAUGAAGUGGAUUUGGUGACAGCUCCGGAAGUUCAGGUGAGUAAGGGAGAGGGUAAAGUUGAUAAGAAUCGGAGGAAGAAGAAGCGAAAGAAGGCGAAUAAGCAGCAGAGGAUUGCUGCUCAGAGGGAAGCUGAGGCCAAGAAGGAGGAAGAAGGGAAGAAGGAAGAGAAUGGAUUGGACAGGGCGGGAAAAGGAGAGGAGCCAGAGGAUGAUGUGCAGAUUGAAUAUGUCCCGGAGAAGAUCACAAUAGCAGAUCUGGCGCCAAUGUACCGGCAAUUUUAUCGGGUUUUUGAACUGUUUAAAAUUGACGAGAAGCGUCCCAAUGAGGCGCAAUUGGCCGAAGCCGCGGCGGCUGAGAAGGCGGCCAAGGAGAAAUUGAAGUUAAUGGCGGAUGAGAUGGACGAGGAGGAGGAGGAAUUUGAGGCAGAGAAGACGGAGGAUAAAGAGAGGAUGUCCAAGAGGAAAAUGAAGAAACUGACGAGGCUCAGUGUGGCAGAACUGAAGCAAUUGGUGAGUCGUCCGGACGUCGUUGAGAUGCACGAUGUCACAGCCCGGGAUCCCAAGCUCCUGGUACAGCUCAAGGCACACCGGAAUACCGUCCAGGUGCCCAGGCAUUGGUGCUUCAAGAGAAAAUACCUCCAAGGGAAACGAGGCAUCGAGAAGCCUCCAUUUGACCUUCCGGCAUUCAUCAAGAAGACAGGAAUCAUGGAAAUGAGGGCAUCGCUCCAGGAAAAGGACGAAGCCAAGACCCUGAAGGCUAAGAUGCGCGAGAGAGCCAGGCCAAAGAUGGGAAAGAUAGACAUUGACUAUCAAAAGCUCCAUGAUGCCUUCUUCAAGUGGCAGACAAAGCCCAGGAUGACAAUCCAUGGAGACCUCUAUUACGAGGGCAAGGAAUUCGAGACGAGGCUGAAGGAGAAGAAGCCCGGAGAUCUGUCCGAAGAGCUAAGAACGGCCCUUGGAAUGCCAAUUGGCCCGAAUUGCCACAAAAUCCCGCCGCCUUGGCUCAUAGCUCAACAACGGUACGGACCUCCUCCCAGUUAUCCCAAUCUCAAGAUUCCCGGCCUCAAUGCCCCAAUCCCGGAUGGAACAUCCUUCGGCUACCACGCCGGCGGCUGGGGAAAGCCGCCGGUGGAUGAAAAAGGAAAGCCCCUCUAUGGCGAUGUCUUCGGCACAAAUGCCCUGGAUCAGGAUUCCGGAGUGGACGAUGGUGAGAUUGACAGGCAAAUGUGGGGCGAACUGGAGUCAGAAUCCGAAGAAUCCUCCUCCGAGGAAGAGGAAGAGGGUGAAGAUCUGGGCAAUGCUCCCGAUGAGAGUGGCCUGGUAACUCCAGCUGAAGGUCUCGUGACUCCAUCCGGCCUAACCAGUGGCGUCCCGGCCGGAAUGGAGACCCCAGACACCAUUGAGUUGCGCAAGAAGAAAAUCGAGAGCGAGAUGGAGGACAAUGAGACUCCAGUGCUCUACCACGUGCUCCCAGAGAAGCGCAAUGAGCGCAUAGGGAAUGCCAUGAUGGCUUCAACCCACGUUUACGAUGUUUCCGGACACCUCAAAGCGCCGCCUCCGCCGAGAUUCCCGCCAAUUGGGGAGCGCGAGGGAAUGGUAGAACUGGCCCUGGAUCCGUCUGAACUGGACAUGGACAAUGAGGCAAUGGCUCAGAGGUAUGAGCAGCAGAUGAGGGAGCAACAGAGUCAUCUGCAGAAGGAGGAUCUGUCAGACAUGUUGGCUGAACAUGUGGCCAGGCAGAAGUCCAAGAGGAAGAGGCAGCAGGUGGAUACAAGUAGCAAACAGGCCAAGAAGUACAAGGAGUUCAAGUUCUAAUCGGUUUUUUUUGGACUUUCUUAUCAUUGAGGAAGCCAAAAUCACGGCUGCAAAUUAAUUUUAGUGCUUUUAUCGGGGGAAAAGCCCGAUAAGCCGAGAGGUGUGAGCCAAAGCGGCGGAUGAGAUUGAGUAGAGCGGCGGGUCAUAUUAAAAUUUAUGUAUUUCCUUUUAAGAAUAAUAAAACCAAUAAAUAUGAUUAAACGAUAA